GGUCACUGUUGAAGUCGGAUGUCAGUGACUGCCAGGGCAGACAACUCAUGUUAUGUUGUGAUUUGGAAUCAAACCUUGGCCGCCACAUACUGGUAAUGAUGAUAACGACGACGAUGAUUGCAGUGGUAGCAGGAGGUAUAAAAGUCGCAUACCUGGCAGUCACUGACAUCGGACUUCAACAGCGACCUGAAGGUUAUCUACAAUCAUCAUCGUCUCCGUGUGGAAGCAAGAUGAAGGCCAGCGUCUUCGUCCUCCUGGCGCUCCUCAGCGUCGUCAUGGUGACAGCCAGAAACGUACACAGAGAGACGGACGAACGCAGGGACAUGGACUAUCCGGACUGGAGGAAGGACCAACAACAACAAGAGCUGUGCAACCAGCGGCGAUCGGAGGGAGCGGAGGAGCCAGCAGGCAGCAAGCGUGAGGCCCACGACCCUGUUUUCUAACCAUCCUGUCCAUUAGACAGCUGGCUGCACUCAGCCACGUACCCUGUCGACGAUUGGACAGUCUAUCAAUCGCACAACGGUGACGUCACCCAGUACGUUUCAGUAAAACUGCAGUGAAACUCCACCUCAGUAGUUUGUGUUUUAUAAAGCGAACACUCGAGUGACCUUCUCAACAAUAAUUUAUUGUUUAUUCUCUUUGCACAUGGUUGUAGUGUGUGUGUGUAUGUGUGUGUGUGUUCCUGUGAAAUUGGAUAAUCCCGGUGGUAAUAACAUGAAUUUAUUAUUUUAGCUCCUUAUUUAAUGAUAAUGAUCACGAUAAGGAUGACUGCAACUAAAUAUGUACUUUUAUAAUCACGGGUACUUAUAAGCUGACUGUCAUACUUAUAAAAGAGGUGUCUGUGUGUAUGUGUGUGUGUGUGAAGACGGGUAUGUCACAUAUAAGUACAGUAGUGACCUACCGAUAUCUCGUUUGCUUACUCCGUCUUACAAUCUCUGAUGUGAUACAAAAGAAACUAGCACAAUUUAAAAUAAUAGAGAAAGAUUUACAAAUAAGAAUUUAAUACGGAAGUUUGCUCUGUAAAAUAUUACAUUAAGUAUACAAACUAAAAUUUUCACAGUUUUUGAUGGCUCACUGGAUGUCAAAAGAAAUCUGAAAUAAACUCUUUAGAUAAUUUGGUGAU